AUGGCGAUCAAGGAGGAGACGGAGGAGAGUCGCAGAAUCAGAGCCGUCGUGGUUUCUAUGUCUAAGGAAAACCCUAGACCGCAUCGUAUGAAACUCGAGGUGUACGGCGAGGUUCUACUGCGAAUCCAGGAUUCCAAUUAUGAAGAAGCCAAUUUCCCUGAUUUCGAUGAUCAGCUCUAG